AUGUCAAGAAUCAAAACCCGCAUCCUCAUUAUAUCAGAUACCCACGCAUCAAGGCCUCAUCCACCGCCAGCCCCCAACGAAUUCGAAACGGCCGACCUCGUCCGCGUCACCACCGGCUACAGAGACCCCCUCCCGCCCGCCGACCUCGUCCUGCACUGUGGCGACCUCACAAAGCGCAGCUCCAUUCCCGAGUACGAGACCACGUUCUCCAUGCUCCGGUCUCUAAACGCACCUCUGAAGCUGGUCAUUGCCGGAAACCACGAUAUCUCACUAGACCCCACGUACGACUCAGACCCAGAGGCCGAGCAAGAAUCACGUGUAGUUCAGGACAUUGUGCAGGACGCCCAAAGGGACGGCGUCGUUUAUUUGACAGAGGGCACGUACGAAUUCGCCUUGGAAAACGGCGCCCUGAUCAGAGUAUACGCAAGUCAGUAUACGCCCAUCUACGGCGGGUGGGCAUUCCAGUACCCCGGCCACCAUGACUUUGCGCUUCCGCCCGGCAUAGACGUGGCCAUGACCCAUGGUCCGCCGUACGGCGUGCUGGACGAGGCGGGCAUAUCCAAGAGAUUGGGCCAGCCGCACCACGCGGGGUGUGAGCAUCUCUUCAAGGCGGUCGCGGAUGCAAGGCCGCGGAUUCAUUGCUUUGGCCAUAUACACGAGGGAUGGGGGGCUUAUCGGGGUACCUGGCUCGAUACAGACGAGCCCGGGUUCUCGGUGCCCCGGCCGACCAAGGAAUGUGUCAUGGACGAGGCCACGUCGGGUCCGAUUCAGACAUUAGAUGGGCUGCGACCAAUGUUUGCCGCCGACACACAGGGGACAUGUCCAGAGGCAAGACAGAAGUUGGCACACCUAAGCAAUCAACGCGGAUACCAUAUUGAUUUGACGGAACAACAGACACGUGUUGAUUCGGGGAAGCAAACCUUGUUUCUCAACGCAUCAAUCAUGGACAUCCGAUAUCGACCAUCACAAUUACCUUGGAUAAUCGACAUAGAUCUACCAAAUGCCGAGAAAAGACACACUUCCAUUCGCCGUACAUAA